CGGUUCAUCCAGGAUUCAGCAGUGCUGUCCCGCUUGGCCCGACUGUUGUCUCUGGCUCACUCGCCACGGAUCUCCCUCCCGCAUUGAGAUAUCAUUUAUUCUUACCUUUGGCAGCGCGUUUGGCAUUAACUCAUCGUUGCCUUCCCCGCCUUCCUUAGCGACUAUCAGACGGUCAGGAGGCCACAAGACCCGGCGGCCAACCCAUUCCGGGGCAGGACGUGGCUGUGGCGGAUCGAAGCACGAGGAGGCGAGACCGCGCAUUGUUGCCCAGCCAAGGAAGUGACCGCAGCUGCUGUCUUUUUCAAGCCGCCAAAUAUGCCUUCUGCCGUAGCACGACGGUUGUUUGAGGACCAAAUACCCUCAAUAAUGUCGGUCUACCAGGUUGACAGUGGAAUUGCGGACAUGGACCAGUCGAACCCUGUCACCAUUGUUAAUCCCAAGCUGGUCAUGGAGGGCGCAAAGAUGGAUGGUGCUUCACAGCCGGGGGGGAUGCAGCCUGGGGCUUUGCCGUCGGAAUCCAUCCAUAGGCACAAUGACAGCACAUCGACACAGACGACCGAGUCUGCUGACUCCUCUCCAACGACCACAUUGUCGAUCGCGGAUUCAUCUGACCUGUCGGACCCUUCUCCGUCCUCGUCUCCCGAUUCUCCCGUCAACCUCGCGCAGCUUCAGAGCUUUGCGCCGACGUCGAUCGGGGGCCUGUCUGGCAUGGCCAGGCUGACGGUUUCUGACCCGAACCGGGAUCGACCCAUGACUUCACCUGGGCCCAGGCGGCUCAAGAAUAUGAAGGGCCUCUCUAUUCAGCCGCCAUCGACCUCCUCGUCGUUAAUCUCGGAGCCCGCUUCGCCCUCAUUCAUCAAGCCCAAGAUUGCUCCCAUGAAACGAAAGCCUAGCCAGCUCAGCCUCAAGACGAACUCUUCCGAUCUCAUCACGCGCACCACUCUUGAGGUUCCGAAUUCCCCAACGGUUGCUCCCAUCCUGCAGCGCCGCGCCCUGAAGCACUCGAUGUCGACGCCACAGAUGCUUUCAGGUCUACGGUCCGCGACUUUCGGCCCGGCCGGGGGGAUGACAAUACCGACGGUAUUAGAGCGAAACGAGACGGGGCUGUCGUCCUUCUUUCGCCCGUCGCGACCAGCCGAUGGCGCCGGCGGAAGCUCGGCAAUCAGGGAGGAGGAAUCCCCGAUACGCACUCAAAUCGCAAAUCGGAUCCCUUUUGAUUCGGAGCCCUAUCACGAGAUAGAAAACAACGAAGACCAAAAGUCACCCGGGUAUCCAGACGGCCCCAUUGCCAUAUACGGCGAUAAUGUCUACCUUUACCUCGAACCGACCGCAGAAGAGGCGGCCCGCUUUGAUGUGGUUAUCAACGUGGCCCGCGAAGUCAGCAACCCCUUCAAGACUGCCUCGGCUAACCGCCAAUCCCCGGAGACCAAAGAGAGAUCUGCCGAAGAGUCGCCGGUUCCCGAGACUGCGGCGACGACUGACAGUUUCGCCACGGCCUUUGAGUAUCUCCCCGACAACGCUUCGGGCGACACACCGACGACGCCGAAAGCGCAACCGCUCAAGGAACCCGAGUACAUCCACAUGCCCUGGGAUCAUAAUACCGAUAUCUCAAAGGACUUAAUGACGCUUUGCGAGACAAUUGACAAACGCACAAAAGAGGGGAAGAAGGUCCUAGUCCAUUGCCAACAAGGCGCCAGCAGAUCGGCCAGCCUGAUCAUUGCCUACGGCAUCUAUCAAAACCCCGAGCUGAGCGUCAAUGACGCAUACUAUGCGGCCCAGGGAAAGAGCCGGUGGAUCAGCCCGAACAUGAAGUUGAUGUACUGCCUACAAGACUUUCAGAAGGAGGUUGCGAAGAGGAGACUCGCGCCUGGUGCAGGCUCGAAGGUGAGGCCAGGAAGAAGUCCUACUCAUAGGGCGACCAUGUCAGCAGACAACAUCGAGGUGGCAUCCAAGGAGCCGCUCACCGCACCACUACCCGCCGAUGGCCCAACGUCCAAUUCCGUGAGCCGCGAUAAGAGCCCCAACAGGGCACGGGGCAAUUCGACUCCCAAUCGGGGAGAGCCAAUCUCUCCAGGCCCGUCGUCGGCUCCCUCGAGCUUCUCAUGGUCAGAAAAGGAGGACGAGUCUGAUCCGGGGAAAUACGGCCGCUUCAAUCUCGAUUCCUUGGUUGCACCUAAGCCAACCGAGUUGGCGCCUCCCCCCUCCCUCUCGAUCUCGAGAACCCCACCAUCGCCAGGGUUGGGCGGCUUCACCUUGUCAAAGCCCCCGCCAUCUCCCGGAUUUGGCAGCUUUUCGCUCUCGAAGCCCCCGUCCUCGCCAGGGCUUGGUGGGUUUACAAUUUCGCCGGCACGUCCGCCAUCGCCGAAGCCGACUUCUCUAUCGCUGCCGAAGCCACCGCCGUCUCCUAAGCUCGCUCCGCCCGAGUUGUCCCGACCACCGAUGUCCCCUGGGUUUCCCCCUUCUGACCCGUUCUCGAAACCACCACCGUCUCCGGGAUUCGGUGCGCACAGGUUCGGCUCGAAACAGGGUACCUUAGGGUUCACCUCACUCAAUCUGGCUGCGCCGCCGAAGCCAGCAGUUACCAAGGAGCCGCCGGCCCCAGAGCGGCCAGUGGCGGUCGUCCCGAGUUUUUCGGACGUUGAGGCCCUGAUGUCACCGCGCGCAGAGGCAAUGACGAACAAUCCUAUUCAUCAAUCACUUUCAGAGCUGACGGGGGUGCAAUUCGUCGAGAUCCCGCCGACACCUAGGGAAGGGCUGUUCUCCCCGCGGGAGACCAUGUUCCCGCGUGCGGACCCACGAAGUCCGCCUACCAAGGGUGAAACACCGAUUGUGCGAUCCAUCGACGAGAUGCUCUGAUUCUCGACCGAAUCACCGGUAUCGGUAUUGGCCAUUCAAACAAGAUCCGUACAGCGCCUCACCAUUGGGUGCUAACACGAUGCUUUCCUUUGUCCAUUUCGGAGGGUUGGUCAUCGUUUCUGGCGAUUAAAAGCGUGCGCAUUGCCGGGUUACGAGGCGCUAUGGGGUUUUGGAGUGUUCCAUUUUUUUUCUUUUUUCUUUUUUUUUUUUUUUGG